GAGGGAUAGAAAAGAGGGAAGAGGAGAGAGAAAGACAGCAAGAGUGCACCCAAAGAAAGAAGAAAGAACCCCCCAAUUUCUCUCUUUCUUCCUCUCCCCUCCCCUCCCCUCUUCUCUCUCUAAACACGCGCAUCAAUCUAAAUGUAUGCUUUUUGAAACCCAUCCCAUUUUUCUUUUUCUGGGUUUCAAUCAUCUCAAGAAACGCAUUUCUUUCCGGCCAUAAAUCUUGGGAUAAUUGGAUUUAGUUGAUGGAGGGAGAAGCGGUGGGAACAUCGUCGUCGUCGGCGUCUGAAACUGCAGAGGCCGGCGCUUCGAGAUGUGGGUUUGAUGGGCGGAAUGGGGGCAAGGGCGGUGGUGUAAACAGCUCGAGAUCGGCUAAGUUCCCGCUGACCCUCUGGGAGAUUGCGGUGGCGAGCGGCGUCGUUUUGGGCUUCGCAUCCGGGCUGCUCGGCGUGUAUUUCACCAUGCCGGCUUCCGAUUACAGCUUCCUCAAGCUUCCGAGGACUCUUGAAGACAUCCAAAUGUUAAGGGAUCAACUGGGGAGUUAUACGAGCGACUACACUUUGCAGGUCCUUGUUGGCUACUGCGUAGUCUACAUUUUUAUGCAGACAUUUAUGAUCCCUGGGACUAUUUUCAUGUCUUUACUUGCGGGGGCACUCUUUGGAGUCUUUAAGGGUGUAGCUCUGGUUGUGUUCGCUGCUACUGCCGGUGCUUCAUCGUGCUAUUUCUUAUCCAAACUAAUUGGACGGCCCCUUGUUUUCUCCCUCUGGCCUGAUAAGUUGACGUUCUUCCAGAACCAGGUGGCUAAACGAAGGAAAGGGCUGCUGAACUACAUGCUAUUCCUAAGAGUAACACCGACACUCCCAAACACGUUUAUUAAUGUUGCUUCACCAAUUGUAGAUGUGCCUUACCAUAUUUUCUUCCUGGCAACAUUUAUUGGGCUUAUUCCUGCCACUUAUGUUACUGUCCGGGCUGGAAUCGCGUUGAGUGAAUUGCAGUCAUUGGGCGACCUAUACGACUUCAACUCUAUAGCCACGCUGUUUGUCAUAGGAGCGGUCAGCAUUACCCCCACGUUGAUGGGCAGCAAUAGGAAAUCAUAGUAUCGCGUUAGCUGAAAACCCGACGAGUUCUGCUGUCCUCUAUGGACGUUUGCGUAAUUUCAUCGAGCGAGCCGGCGGCGAUACUGGGAUGGUUUCAUAUCUGUACAGAUUACCCCAUGGAACAAAUGCAAUUGUGCAUUGGGUGUUUUAGAAGUUAGUAGUUAAGGAUCUCUCAGAUAAGCUCUCAAACUGGGAAAUGUGUUUAUGAUUUUUAAGAAGCUGAACCUGCGCUCCAAAUGCAAGUUUAUCAUUCAUUCAUGGGAAGUAAAAUUGCUUAGGCGUUUAAACAUUUGGUGUUAUACGUUUGUUGCAAACAGGGUGGCCUCAUGUAUGAAAAUUGAAAAGUAUAAUGGAUACAAAGAGGUGCAAA